UCAAGAUGGCGUCCAUGUGCAAAGAAUAUUGCAAGUUGAAAGCACUUUUAAGAAAUUCUUGCAAACACAAACCAGUUCCUUCAUCGAAACUCUUUCACACAUGCAAAAAUGUUCUAACAGCAACACAGAAACCCACUCCUGAUAUUCUUUUGAAGUUUUUACAUCCUGGAGUCACUGAGAUUUUACAGCGUUUGACUGGAACACAGAAUGACAAUGUUGUACAAAUGCCUGUUGCAGGCCGAAAUAAAUUUGUGAACUAUGAUCUUCUGUCUGAUGAAGAAUUAAUGAAGGAAAAGAAGCGAGCAGAAAGUCUCACAGAGCGACGUAUGCAGAUGCCCCCGUACAUGAGUGAGAGAGUAUUGCCAAGCAAACCACUCUUAAAAGACCCACAGAUCGCACCGGCAUUAGACUCCAAGUAUGUGUUCAUAGACAUCUCAGCGAGGUCAAAGCGAAUACCAAUGAAACACGCCCGCCCUGUUGUUGUACGCCAUGAGAAUGGAGACCUGUGUGUGGCUGAUCCAGAGAUUCAUGACCGUGUGGUGCGCACCUACCUGCUGGAGCCAGGCCAGGAGGUUAUUCCACCAACACUCUUCCAGGACAAACAUCUUAAGGAGUUGUUGCAGCCAGAGAAAUACCUGUAUCUUCUGGACUUGGCUUGUAGCCAGUUUGAACCGGAUAAUCCAGAAUUUAUACGGAUAACUCAUCUUAUUUAUGAUCAUGCUGCCGCCAAUGAGAAUUUCCGAGUGCUUGAGGGGACGCGGUUCUUCGGACCCCUGGUAUUCCACCUUGCUGUGAAGGACAAACUAGAGCCGCUACUGGUGUAUUAUAUACAGGAAGAUAGGCUGAUGGAGACAAGGGAUACAAUACAUCUAGGACAGUUGGUCCGCAAUGAGAAGUUAACAAUGGGCAGUGUGUUCACCGUGGUACAGGCAUAUGUAAAAGACCAGGUUGAGAAUGCCUACAGCGUGAUACAGACUCAGUCAGUCAUGACCCCAGCCACCAAGACUGAGGAAGAGCAAAGACUAUUUGAGGAUAAAAUUAACAACCUAGAACUGCUACAGAACACAUUGAAAGAGUACACAAGAAAACAUUCAAGCAUGACUAAUGCAGCCUGAGGAUGGAUUAAUGACUUUUGAGUGUAGAUUUAGUCAUACACCUUUUUGAUGUCAUGCAUCUCUGUGCAAAAACAUUAAAAACAAUAGGGAGAGACAUUUUAUUUUACCACAUAUUGAUGAAGUUAAUAAUAAAAUGCUUAUUUCA